UUCAAUAGUAGGUGAACAUAUAUCCGAACAUAAUCUAGAAUGCUGUCAUGUGUUAUGUAUUUAUGAAUGAAUAUGUGCGAAUUAAUUAAGAAUAGAAAUGUCAAAUGCACGAUGAUAUUUACAUCGUGAGUAAAUAUUGGCCAUUUAUAUUGGAGUAGAAAGAUGUUCUGUACCAUAAUUAGAUUUUCUGUAUUUAACAUGAAAUAAAGUUUUGGAGAGAAGAAAAGAUUGAAAAAAAGUAUAGAAAUGGAUAUUUGAAAAAAAAAAUAAAUGACAUCUGAGUGGCAUCUAACAAUAAAGCUAAAAUCAGUUUAAAGAUUAAUAUUCGGUUAUAUGUGUAUACUUUUAUUCUUAUUACACAUGAAAAAUUUUAUAAAUUAAGCUUGUUUAAAAAUUAUAGUAAUUGAAAUUACGAAUGCACGAUGAUUAGAAUGAUUAAAUCUUCGUGACAAUCACUGGAUCACGUAUAAAGCAUGUGAUUUAAGAUCAUAUAUUAUUGACGACCUUUGUAUGUAAAAAGAAAAAAAAGGAAAAUGCUUUUGAAUUUUUGUGAUCCUCGCUUACGUCCAGAAAUCAAAUGCAGUACCAUCAGCACAGAAGGAUAUGAUGUGACCAAUUUGAUAAGCGACUCUUGCAAAGGAUUUUUGGCAUAUUCCUGCAUUAAACCGCCAAUUCACAUUGACAUCACAUUUCUUUGUAACAUCAGGAUAAAUCAUAUAUUGAUUUGGCCAUCCAUUGGAUCACAGAAGUCAUCGGGCUUUCAGCUUUAUUCUAAAAACACCAAUGAUCACAGUAGCCCAUUUACUUUAUUGUCUAGUGGAUUUUUAAGCACUUCUGAUGCUGGACUGUUAUUUCAUCCGAGUGACAUUGAUCCUGCAAAAAUUCUUGCACCACCAAAUUUCUUAAAACGUUAUAUUAAAUUGUCAAUGCAGCACUUGACUAUGUAUACUAAUGUUUUACGAAUAACAAUAUGUAAAACAGAAAACUCGGUACCAGCAUUAGGGAAAAUUGAAGUUUGGGGAACAGUAUCACCUCGUUGUGGGAAAGAUGUUGUGGCAAGUGUGUACACUUUAUGGACCAAACAUCAAGCCACAUUGCCUGUAAGCGAGACUAAAACUGAGACUACUACAAAUAUUACUGACAAUAGACAAGAGAAUAAAGUGAUGUUUGAAGUUCCUGAAAGUUUCUUAGAUCCCAUUACAUGGGAGAUAAUGACUCAGCCGAUUAUAUUACCUAGUGGCAAAGUAAUAGAUCAAACCACAUUAGAAAAGCAUGGACAGAAUGAAGCAAUCUGGGGUAGACCAUUAUCAGAUCCAUUUACUGGCAUUGUAUUUAAUGAACAUCGUAAACCAAUUAUGGCAACUGCAUUGAAGUCGAGAAUUGAUAAAUUUCUGUUGGAUAAUAGUAAUUCGAAUGAAAUAAAAAAUAUACCAAGAGUUUUAGGCCAUAAUUCAACUUCAACUGUAGCAGGAGACAGAAGGAUAAUUAAAGUAUCAAAGUGUGUGCUAAACAAAAAUUUACUAAAGAGGACUGUCAAAGAUGCUAAAUUAGAUGCAUGCAAGCAAACAAUGAAUGCUUAUUCACAGCAAACAAAGAAAUUUUGCCAUCAACUGCCAGCAGUUAUUGUAUGUCCCAAACAAUCCACUGCCAAUACUAAUGUAAGAUCAAAGCAAAGUUCAAGUUCUUCUAAACUAGUUCAUAAUAAUUCUUAUAAUCAUAGAAGUGAUAAAUCAGAAAGAUUGGUGGAAACUGACAUUGACAAUUCUCUAGAUGGCAAUGUAAAGAUUCUAUUGUCAAAUAUUAAACGUUUUAGUGCACCAGAAAAAGUAGAGUUACAUAAUAUAUCUAAUGAUUGUAAAUGUUGUAAUAAUAGUAUUCUUUAUAAACUUCCAUGUAAACAUGUAAUAUGCAGAAAAGUAUUAUUAUCUAUUGAGAAUAGUCAGUGUAAAUCUUGUGGACUUUCUUACAAACUGAGUGACAUUGAACGAAUUCAUGACGAUAUUUUAAAUAGAUAAUAGAAAAAUUGUAUAAUGUUAUGAAUAUAUAUUAUCAAUAAUAGAAUAUUUCAGUUCUUGCUCAAUUCUUCAGCUUUAUGGAUGUAACUCGAAUUUUUUCACAUUUAUUAUUUGUCAAAUUUUAUCCAUGUGUGUGAGGAGGGUAUGCAAAAUAUAUUAUCGUAACACAUUGAA